GCUAAUAUGCUAUCGUCGUAUACCCGUAUCCAAAAUUAACCCCCCUAAAUUUUACAUAUUAUAUAAUACUACCAAAAUUCAAAGGGGAUAAGAUCAGAAGAAUGGUUUCCCUGGUAUAAUUCACUUCCAACCGAUCGAUACAUACAACAUAUUCAUCCGCCAAACCGUCCCAUCCAAAGACUCUCCAUCCCAGGUUCAAUUUAAUACAUCGUUUUCCUAAAUCUAUCUCUACAAUCACAUUCACAUUUCCUAAUUCAAAUAAAUUCCUUUUUUAAACAAAAAAACAAAUUUGUUCCUUCUUGAUAUGCUAAAACUACAAUACAUGGAUGUUGAUAUCAUAACCAAAACUUUUAAUUACACCCACAAAAGAAAAAAAUGGAUUCUUUUAGUUACAGCCCUGGGCCUUUCCACUUAUAGUGCUUACAAGAUUUGUAAUUUACCCUCUGUGGUUAAAAAUAGAAACAGGGUUUUAAGGGUUUUAACUGCCUUAGCUUCUGUAACUGAAUUGUUAGGUGAUUCAGCUGAAACAAUAGGUGUAGUUUCUAAAGAUUUGAAAGACUUUAUAAAAUCUGAUUCUGAUGAACUCCCUGCUAGUCUAAAACAAGUUUUCAAGAUUACGAAAUCUGAUGAGUUUUCGGAGAGUGUUGUGAGAGUUACUAAGGCUUUGACUGUUGGGCUUUUGAGGGGUUUUCGGGCUGGAAAUGUGGAAGGGGGUGGUGGGUCAGGUUCAGGUUUUGGUGAUCGGGUUUUGGAAAAGAUGUUUUCGUCGUCUGGGUCAGGUUUUGUUUCUGUUGUUGUUGGGAGUUUUACUAGGAAUGUGGUUAUGGCAAUUUGUGAUGGUAGAGGGGGUAGUGGUGAUGGUUCGGGUCAGAAUUGGGUCGACGUGAUAGCUGACGAUAAGUGUAGAGGACUAAUUGGGGAUUGUAUUCAACGGUUUGUGAGUACUAUGGUGACGGUUUAUCUUGAUAAAACUAUGCAUGUUAACCCUUAUGAUGACAUUUUGUCGAGUUUGACUAAACCCGAAUAUGAUGCCAAAGUGAGGGAUUUGUUAGCAUUGGUUUGUAACGGUGCUAUUGAGACUUUUGUUAGAACGUCUCACCAAGUGUUAAUGAAUUCUAGGCCGAAUGGGAGUUCUGAUUUGCUUAGGAGAAGUUCGUCUACUAUUAGUAAAGUUUUGGAUGGGCAAGAACUAGUUUUGAGUAAAUUGACAGGUAGAAAAAAUCAUGGCAAUGAAUGGGCUAGUAGGAUUUCGUCUACUUUAGCAGUCCCAAGCAAUAUGAGGCUCGUGCUUGAUGUUGCGGGAAGGGUGACACUAGCAACUAUGAAGUCGUUUUUGGGAUUUUCGUGGAAUCAGUUAUCCGAAGGUAUGAAAAGAACCUGCCGAGAAGUUUACAGGUACUUAACUGCAAGAUGUUUGAUCGUUAUGACUAUAUGGGUUUCGCUGUAUUUGCAUUUGUUAAGUGAUCCAUGGAGCUUUGGAGCCAAUUUAGCUUAGUCUUGGUUUUAAGUUCAUGUUAGUCUUUAGAUAGAUACAAGAAGUUUUGAUAUGUACAUAUUUUGUGCAAGCGAACAAAAGGAACUGUCUUAAGUUUCUUUGUAUUUCUACUGUUGUCAUCCAUAAAGAAUCAUGAAAUUAAAUGACAAUAUACAUGAAUAAAGAUGGAAGCUUUUCUAUGGGUUUUCCUUCUGCGUAUAGAUAUAGUCGAUAUGAGCGAUAAGGGUUCUUCUCAUCAAGCAUUCGUCUUCGCUAACUCCUUCACACACUUCUUCAAUCUCAGCAGUUUUUAGACCACCCUACAUACAAAAGUAUGAUACUAAAAAAUCUUGAAAGAUAUGAAAUUAGUUAAAAGUUUACACCUGGUUACCAAGAUAUAUACCUUAGUUUGAUGUUUCGCCGUUAUGGUGGUGGUAUCCGCUGGCAUUAUUCGGGCAGCGUAGGAUGACGUGGAGCACAGGAGAAGGGCAAGUAUGAGUAAGAGGAUGGUGGUUCUAGACAUGGUUGAUGAGGUGAUCAGGGUACACAUAAAGAGACGUAAGAAGAUAUGAAUAUAUAUAGAAACAAACAAGUGCGGUGUGAACUGUGAAAUGGAGACUUUGGAAUGCACAUAUUUUUUAAUAUGGUUUGAUGUUUA